AUGGUUGCUUCCUGGUUUCAUCGCUUGACCUUUCUCUUACUGUGCAUCCAAUCGGCGGUCAGCCAGCAAAGCCAAACAGUCAGUCUCCUCGACCUUGGCAUCAGCGGUCUCGUUGCUUCCGUUAUCACAGCCGAUGCAACAGCAACGACUUAUAAGCUGGACUGCCCUUCUAAUGAUCCUACAAACUGCGGCUAUGAAUCCGGCUAUACCCCAACGGUAACUGCCGUCGGCGGCCCAUCAACUGCAGCUAUGACCGACAAGGCAGUGAUUUCAGGAACCUCAGUAGCUUACACAUACGCUUGCGAUGUAACAAACUCGGAGAGUGGAACAGCCAGUGGGUCGUGUUCCUAUACGGGCACUAGUGGGGGAGUUACCGCAACCACUACUGGCUCGCUCUCCGCGCGCGACACUUAUAUACCUAUUGUUGUCACUGCCGGGCUGGAGAAGUUGUUAAAUGACCAGGGUGCAAGCUCCUCCCCGACGCCUACCGGGUCAGCGACAGCGCAGACCUCCGUUAGCUCUCCUGCGGAAUCACCUACUAGAUCAACGACAGCGCAGACUUCUGUUCGCUCUACUACGGAAUCGGCUACUGAGUCAGCAGCAGCGCAGACUUCCAAUGGCUCUGCUCCGGUAUCGGACACGGUUCAUGUUGGCGGUGCAGUCGCCUGGCUCGCCGGUGUAUUGUUAGCGGCCUUAUGA